GAACCCCAGCGUCAUUUUGCGUCAUUUUACCGGGAAUGUCUGACCACGUGUCUCCUGCCGGUGUGCUAGUUCCUCCAAUGCGCGAUUCAUCGCUUUUCAUUCCGAAACAAGUUGGGGUAGGGAGUGCACUUGCAAGAUGGCGGCGCGGUGGGGAGCAGGCGAGGAGACUUUAACUGCGUGCAAUAUGGAAUUUUUCCCCAUGGAUACACUAGACGAGACUGCUGUGCUCAGCUCUGGAGAAACUCUGGAGGCCUUACAAAGCUGCUUAGAUCCUUCCAUUCUUUCUAUCUUUGAGGACACACCGACAGUAGAGACAAAAGGAUUAGACGAUGAGAGUGAAGCCACGCUGCUAACCGCCCUGACGGAGAUCCUUGACAAUGUGGAUGAUGAGAACCUGUCCCCAUUUGACACACUGCCUGACUCAGACCUGCUGUCAGGUCAGAAGGGCAGGGAACACUCUCCGCUCAGGAGAUUGCUCUGUCUGUCCCGAUCCCCUCCAGAGAAAGAUGCCAUUUUUAGCACAAGACCCUUACCAGCUGGAAAGAGCCUACCCAGGAUACAAGCAGACUCUCUCCAGAGGAGUGAUGGGGAAGAAGAGGAAGAUGGCUCCCUCACUCUGAGCCCGGUGGGGCAUGAGUCAUCUAUUGACAACAACUUGCUGGACUGGGAAGGCCUGACCCUCCCACUUCCUGUCACCUUUGAGCAGCAGGGGGAAGAUGGUCUUUCAGUUAGCCUUGGGGACUUGGUCAGGCAUAUGCAUCCAUACUGUAUGACCCUUUGUGUGGAGAAUGAAGAGGGGGAGCAGAUGUUACCCGAGGGCGGCAUCUUGUUGGAGGUUGUGGACCAGGGGGAAAACGGAGAGGCUAUCUUGGCCAUCCCUGACCUGGAUCUUUCCGUCUCUCAGCCAUAUGAAGAGCAGUCUUCAGAAAAGGAGCAGAAAGUUUCAGAUGACGGAGAAGUAGUGGCCUCUGAAAAUUCUGAGCAUAUAGUCGUCGAUGAUGAUGAAGAAGAUAUAACAGCCAGCCAUGCUCCACUGAAGGUUGCAGCCCCUGUGACGCUAGACCUGUGUUCAGAUAUUAAAGAUGAGACAAUCAUAAAGAGGCAGACAGAAGAGAUUAAAGAGAGAAGCCCCUCUCGGAGAAAAAAGAAAAAGAAAUGCAAGGAACAAUGUCAACCCAAACCUGCGGAGGGAAGGGUCCUUAGGAGUGGCACAGUAAGAAGUACAGUUCAGGAAUUGCCCAAAAAGCCUGAAAAAAGGUCAUUAAAAAAGGAGAAGAAACCCCUAAAGGUUCCUCUUGCUUCAGCUCCUGUUUUGCCCUCUGUAAAACCUAAGAAAUUAAAUUCAUGCCAAACUGAAACACAAGCAGAAAUCACAACUGCUACACGAUUGCCUGAAACAAAUGUGCAAGUUGCCACAUCUUUGUCAUCCAGACAGGAAAUGACUGCGUUAAAGGCUAGUCCUGAGCAAAGUCAGACUAACUGUUCACCCACAGCAGUGAUCUCCCAACAGCCUGAAGAAACACCUAAACAGCUGUCUCUGGCCCCUGAGAAGCUGGAAGUCUCAUCAGCAGCGUCCUCUGCUGUCCUUCCUCCGGUGCCUUCAGAGGGCCCUGCAGCUGCUCCCAGUCCCGUCUUACCUGAGAUGACAUCACCUGUUAGGGAGGCUGUCCCUCCUGUGGCCCUUGCAGUCUCAGAGCCAAAGCCCAAAUCACUCAGUCUAGCUGAGUACCGGCGGCUCAGACAGCAGAAAAAGCCAGCUCCAGUGGAAAAUCAAGACAACGGCAAAGUCUCCAAGUGGCCCAGCCUUCCUGAGCCUCCCAAAGAGCUUCUCCCUAUUCCCUGCCUGCCUGACCCCAGCCCAAAGGAUCCUCGUCGCCCAAACCCCCAGGUGGCAAAGAAGGAAGUGGAGGAGGUCAGACCUGCCUGGCAGCCAAGGGGACCAUGUGCACCACCCACCCCUGAGGCACUGUUGGUGCCACCAGCCUAUAUGGUUGUGUCAUCCAGCAAGGCUUCAGGUGGCAUGUCUGUUCCUAAACCCCAGCAAACACCUGAACCCUCUAAAACUUCCCUACCCCCCAAACCCUCAAGCCCUGCUGCUAAUUCAGUGAAGAGUUUACCCACACCUCAACUCACCACCGCAGUACCUAGUGUGCCUCAGAAAUCUAGUUCCACAGCUUCUUUAAAACCUCAUUCUCAGAUCAUGUCAGCAGCAGAUGGGAAAACCUCUCCUGCAUUUUCAGGGGAAAGGGGUGAAGUCGAUGUAAGGCCUCAAUCUCUGCCUGUGUCUCCUAAGCUUGUAGAGCUCAUUAAAACCUGUCCUAAAACCACUACAGAGGCGAUCAAGCUCACAGAUGCUACAUUGUCUGCUCCCAGUGUCCCCCCGAAGAUCACAGUUGUUUACCAGAACGUGCCUGAGGUCAAUGCUUCCACUCUGACGGAUAACCCCAUCACAUCUGAUAGCAAGUACUCCAAAGCCAGUGGUACUGGACCAGCUCGUGUUAGUCAUUCCUCAGACUCUCCGAGUCUAAAGGCGGAACCUGUUAUACUUGAAACUAAAGGGACACCCACUACAGCAGUGAAGCCGCAAACGGUGAAGAGCUCCACACAGGAGCUGAUAGAGGCCUUCACCAGUGAGAUAGGCAUUGAAGCAUCUGAUCUGACCAGCUUGCUGGAGCAGUUUGAGGAAACACAAGCCAAGGAGCAGCAAUGUGUGCCGGGGGUCUCUGGUAGAGCAGCAGCUGUAGGAAACUCUAGUGUUGACUUGGCUCCAGAGAAAACAGUUGUGGAGCGUGUGAGAGCUAAUGACCUCUCAAGUACUGCAGCUCUGACUCCCCCAGCCACUCCUCCCCAUCAAAUGUGGAAACCCCUGGCCCCUGUGGCCCUGCUGGGGAAGAGCAAGGCUGCUGAGGCCUACAAGUCGAGCCCCUCCAAGGUUAUCCAGAUAGAGGCCCGGCCUCUGCCCGCAGUCAGAUCCCGCAGCAGCAGACCCACUUCUGUUGCCACGGCCGCCCCCGAAGUGGCUUGCAUGGAUCACGACUAUUGCCUCCCCAGCAAAGGCACCGGAGAGACAGGCAAGCGCUGGAAUGUGAAACAACAAUCGUUUAUCACUAUUAGACCCAUCAAGGCCACUGCAACCACUACACAAACACCCCCAGCUACACCAGCAUCGUCUGCCCAGUCUACCACAAAUGUUGCGGUUACACGCAAAACACAAGAUUUUCCGCUGAUGGGGUCCCUGGAUCAUAUGACUGAUCACAGGAGGGAGAGAAGCUCAGUUCUGGAGACUCCUGAUGCUUCGCCUGCUCGGCAGGACACUGAUGCCACUGUUAAAGAAGGAAGCCCCAGGAGAGGUCCUUUUGGGAGGUCCUACCGUCAACACGCUGCUUCUCGCACACCUAGCCCCGUAUCUAGUCCCAAAGAAAGGACCGGAGGUCGGUCUAGAAAAAGAAGAUCCCAUCGUUCUCCCAGCCCCAUGUCCAGUGGUUCAGAGUCAGACUCCCAUUCAUCUCGAUCUCGGUCUAGAUCAAAUUCUCCAUCUAAGAAAAGGUAUCGCCCCCGUCACUCUAGGAGUAGUUCCAGCUCCUCAUCUGGUUCCUCAUCUCGCUCCUCUCCCUCUGUGUCCCACUCCCCUCCCAGGAGGAGGAGGAGGUACUCUUAUUCCUCCUCUCGCUCUGGUUCUUGGAGUCGCUCUAGGUCGCGGUCUCAAUCCCCUCAGAGACAAUCACAGUGGAGCAGAAGAUUGUACAGACCCUCAUGCAGGCCCAGCUAUGGUCACAGUGUAAAUACAAAUACGGAAAGAACAAAGAAAUGCAAGGAGAAAGCCAUUGAGGAGCGGCGCGUUGUUUACGUUGGUCGAAUUCGGGGAACAAUGACCCAAAAAGAACUUAAGGAGCGCUUCUCCUUAUUUGGCGAGAUUGAAGAAUGUACCCUGCACUUCAGAGACCAGGGGGACAACUAUGGCUUUGUGACUUAUUACAACACCAAGGAUGCUUUCACAGCCAUCGAGAAUGGAAGCAAGCUGCGCAAGCCUGAUGAACUGCCAUUUGAUCUCUGUUUUGGUGGAAGGAGACAGUUCUGCCAAACCAGCUACGCUGACCUAGAUUCGAAUAGAGAGUACGAUCCAUUGCCUGCGAGAGGCAAGUUUCAUGCACUAGACUUCGACACUUUACUGAAGCAGGCCCAGCAGAAUCUGAAGAGGUAACAAGAGGCCUGCAGCAGGAGGCAGCUGACACUUACCUCAGAGCCAACGGUUGGCUCCUCACCUGCAACACUGUCUUUACAUUUUAGUUGUUGCAUUACUUUUGCAUAAUUUGUUUUUGUUUUAUUUUGUUUCUGCAAGCUAACACCUUCUAUUGAAGUGAAGAUUUGUAAUGAAAGCAGUAAAAGAAAAAAAAUGGAAUAAGUAAAAUAAAAUAAUUUUUAAAAAGUUUAUUUAAAUGUAAAAUCAAAUUUGAAUUGUAUGGAGAGAAACAUUUUUAAAAGCAGAAAGGGGUAAGUGGAAUGAAACUCCCUAAAUACUGGGAGAGGUUGUAAUACGUUUGAAUGUACUGCAAACCUAAAUAAAAAGAGAACUCAA